CUGACACUGGUGCACAUUCAAACAAUCAUUUUGACACACUCACACAUACGCACAAAAUAAUAAUAAUAAUAAUUAAGACAAAUUUCGCACAACAUGUCUUGUGUUUAAACUGAGUAUGCCAUUUCGGGAGCCGCGCAAGUUCAAGUGAGCAAGCAACAUGUCGACUGAGGGAGGAGAAGAGAAACAACGUAUUGCCGCUCUGCUCCUGAUUCAGCAGCAGUGAUCGAGGGAGCACUUUGUCAGAGGGAGGCAACCCACAUGACUGCUUAUCAAUUCUACGCCUUUCCGCAGUACUGCGCCGUCCGGAACACGCUCUGAGGUGCUCCACAUCCCCGUUUCAUGCAAGCCCCCAUGCGCGGACUGCAAGCCGGAUCUUGUGGUCACAAGCCUGAAGCGUUUGCAGCCCAGGGAGGAGGAGAAGGACCGAUAGAAGGACACUUGAAUGAGAAGCACUCAGCAUCAUCUGUGCCCGUGUGUCGAUCGCCUCGGUGGUUAGGUGAGACUUGAUUUUGAGAGAUUUACACACGCGUGUGGCGCAGAAGUGAAGCUCCUCUUCAGUGACCCGGGUCCAGUCUGCACAUGAUGAUAUCAAUGCACGCAGGAGAGAAGAGUAUUUAAGAUUUCAGAGCAAUAAAAAUUCCCGCCGAAUGUAGCUGUUCGAUGAGGCUUCUCCUCUCUGUUUUUGGUGUGAGUAUAACGUUACAUGACAUAGACUAUUCGAUUGAGACUUUUUCUGCGAAUCCGCAAAUCUUCGGGGGACAAAAUAAACUACAGCUACACUGAGCUGCGGAAUCAAAUUCGGUGGGAUUGACGGCUAAGAGUAAAAGAGACUUGGUGAGAAGUGACAUUUCCAAAAGUGAGACGAUAUUGUCAGAAAAUGUCACAUAUGGGCGCUCUCAUGUGGAGUGAAAGUUUUUUGUCUGUGUUUUUUCCAGGAUGCAUCAUUCUAGAAUAGAAGCUGAAUCACAAACCAUGUGGGAAGAUUUAUCGAUAUUACAUCUUGUACGUUUACAGCAGUGAAGGAAUAACAAGUGUGCAAGUCCACAAAUCCCGAACUCAGGAGACGCGUGGGACAUUAAUGGGUCGAGCAGUUGGAGCAAUGGCACUUGUGGGUCCCUCAACGCAAAGAGCUUCGUGGAAAAUGGCAAUAUCGGAUAUAUCACCAUCAUUUUGAGAGUUAUUUCCAGAUCUGGACUGAUGGAUGGAAUGCUUAUUGUUGUAAGAGCGGGGCUAAAUAGCCCCGCGUUGUGCAAGAUCGCCUGAGAAUUGCGGAUUUUUUUUUUUUGAAUGCAGUUUUUUGUGCUUUGACCAAAAGACGGAUCGCUCCCAAAAAGCCUCAUCCAGCAGGAACGCUGUCUACAUGAACAAGGCUGGUAUUAUGUUGGAAUGGGGGUUUAAAUGACAAUGACCGGAAUCCCACUGGAUUGUAAUUGACUUGGCAGUUGUCCCCAAUCCUCUUUCCAGCAAGUGGAAGAUCACUUAAUGAAUUAUGAAUGUUAAACAAGAUGACCUCCUCUCAGCAGCAGCAGACGAUGCGUGGUCCUAGGUGGAACCGGGCCUUGUCCGACCCUUUGUUUGUGCUGCUUCUGGCCCUACAACUUUUGGUGGUUGCGGGUCUGGUUCGUGCUCAGACGUGCCCUUCCGUCUGCUCCUGCAGUAAUCAAUUCAGCAAAGUCAUCUGCACACGGAGGGGGCUACGAGAAGUCCCUGAUGGCAUUUCUACCAACACGCGCUACCUGAAUCUCCAAGAAAACCUCAUCCAGGUCAUCAAAGUGGACAGCUUCAAGCACUUAAGGCAUUUGGAGAUCCUGCAACUGAGUAAAAACCACAUACGCAAAAUUGAGCUUGGGGCCUUCAAUGGACUUGCGAGCCUCAAUACCCUGGAGCUUUUCGAUAACCGCCUCACCACGAUCCCAAAUGGGGCAUUUGAGUACCUGUCCAAACUAAAGGAGUUAUGGCUGAGGAAUAAUCCCAUUGAGAGCAUUCCCUCCUAUGCCUUCAACAGGGUGCCCUCAUUACGGCGGCUGGACCUGGGGGAGCUUAAAAGGCUAUCCUACAUAUCCGAGGGGGCCUUUGAAGGACUGAGCAAUCUUCGCUACUUAAAUCUGGGAAUGUGUAAUCUGAAGGAAAUUCCCAACCUCAUUCCCUUAGUGAAACUGGAUGAACUGGAGAUGUCAGGGAACCAGCUGUCUGUCGUCCGGCCCGGUUCUUUUAAGGGGCUCAUCCAUCUCCAGAAGCUAUGGAUGAUGCAUGCUCAGAUCCAGACUAUUGAAAGAAACUCAUUUGAUGAUCUCCAGUCACUAGUGGAGCUUAAUUUAGCCCACAACAACCUUACGCUCUUGCCCCAUGAUCUGUUCACUCCUUUGCAUCAUCUGGAGAGGGUGCAUUUGCACCACAACCCUUGGAAUUGUAACUGUGACAUACUCUGGCUGAGUUGGUGGCUCAAGGAGAUGGUACCAGCAAACACAAGCUGCUGCGCACGCUGUAGCUCACCAGCUCACCACAAGGGGCGUUACAUCGGUGAGCUUGACCAAAAUUACUUUCACUGUUAUGCUCCUGUGAUUGUGGAGCCCCCCGCUGACCUAAACGUGACUGAGGGGAGCGCUGCCGAGUUGAAAUGUCGAGCCAACUCUUUGACUUCUGUGAGCUGGAUUACGCCUAAUGGUUCCAUUAUGACACACGGUGCGUACAAGAUCCGAAUCUCAGUGCUGAAUGAUGGCACUCUAAACUUCACCAACGUUACCAUGCAAGACACUGGCACAUAUACGUGUAUGGUCAGCAAUUCAGCCGGUAACACAACAGCGUCCGCCACACUCAAUGUGUCCUCAACUGAGAACAGCAGCUUCAGCUACUUCACUACAGUGACCGUCGAGACGAUCGAAACGCCACACAAUGAAGGCUUCACCACGAGUGUGCAACAGAAGGUCGGCCCCACCCCCUCGGCUCAUACGUGGAGGUCUGUUUCAUCCAGCUCUACAACCACCACCACAGUGCGGACCCCUGUCUCUACUCGUGCCACAGAGAAGACUUACACAAUCUCCGUCACUGAAUUUGGUGGCGAAGGCUCCCUAAAUGGCUUGGAUGAGGUAAUGAAGACAACCAAGAUCAUCAUCGGCUGUUUUGUUGCAAUCACGCUCAUGGCAGCGGUCAUGCUGAUCAUCUUUUACAAAAUGCGGAAACAGCACCACCAGCAGAAUCACCAUGCGCCCACACGCACCAUUGAGAUCAUUAAUGUGGAUGAGGACUGCGUAACCGGAGGACCAGGGAUGGAGGGCCACCUGACUUUGCCUCCUCUUGAACAUGAGCACCUCAACCAUUAUAACACAUAUAAAACAGCAUACAACCACGCCUCCACUAUCAACUCCAUACACAGCUCAGCGCAUGAACCUUUGUUAAUCCGGGCAAACUCAAAAGACAAUGUGCAAGAGACCCAAAUCUGAACAUUCUUUUCUCAAACGAUGGAAUUUGAACAAGACUCAAAUAUGAACGAACCAUGUGUGUUUGGCAAUUCAGUGGUUGGUGAUGUUCAUUGAAGGACUUUGGUAAUUAGCAUAUGUCCGUUAUAAAAAAAAGUGUCUUUAAAAAAGUUAUUUAUUUAAGAACAAAGACUAUUGUUGUUCAAUCAAGGGGAAAAAAAAUAUUCAGCAGUUGUUUUUCUUUCAAAGCAUAAUUCACGUCACGCCUCCUCCUUUUUAGAUUAUGCUCAGAGACAAUAGAGCCAAAACAAAUGAAACAAGAAAACUUUAUAUUUGGUGAACCAUAAACUUUGUUUUCCCAAUGAAUGCAGAGCACAUGACAUUUUUCUCCAACUGUGGAGUAAGUGGUAAAGUAUUCUAUGACCAUCUAAUACCUGGAUGAAAUAAAUAUUAAGUUACCUGUU